UUCCUGUUUGCUUCCAUGGUGGCAACUCCACCAUCACUCGUUCCCUCUUUAAAACCAAACCCACCACCGCAUCGACCUCUCCACACUCUCUCCUCCCCCCAAAACCCUAAAACCCUAACCAUAAACAACAACAACAUGCUUGACAUAUGGUCAUGGAUAUGCGACCUUCCCAACUCAUCCGAGUGGGCCGAGUCUGACUCGUCCCACAUUCUCGAGCUCGCUAGCUCCGGACCCAGUCACGACAACAACCCAACUCGUGCGAUUCAACUCCGGGCCGAGCGGACCGCCGGCUCCAACAUCGACACUUUAGUGACCUUCUCCGUGUGCUUGCAUGGCUUCAACCAAUAUCCCAAAAAGACUAUCUGGGUUUCUGACAUGUGUUCACUCUCCUCGGACAAACCCUACCUCGCUCUCUUACUCCAACUUCUCCAAGAAAUUAUAGCCCGUUCGCCCACCGCGCACGGUAGCGGCACCUGCCCGCGCUCCCAGCUUCAGGCCCUCAAACCCGACCCAUUUUCUUGGAUCAUGGACUCCCACUCCCCCGAGUCCUUCUCCACGUUCUUCGACCUGGUUUUCAUCACGCGCCUCUUCUGGCUCUGCGCGUGCGACUCUCCAUCCGAAGUCGGCUCUCUGUACUUCAAGUCGCUGCUGGCUCCUAACCUCGAGGCGUUGUUGUGCAAGCACGCGCCGGCCCUGCGGACGUUUCUGAUCACCGCGGGUGUGGAUGCGGAGCUGUGCUUCAUGCGCACCCUCGGGUACAUGUUAGCCAAAUGGUGCAUUUUGAGAGAUGUGGGCGUAGGUCUACAGACGCUGACGUCAUCUCCCUCUCAGAACUUGGGUUUCUCUUACGCGACGGAGGCCUGCGGGCUUUGGGUGCUAAAGGGUUACGCGCCAGUAAUGGGGAUGAAAACCACGCGCUCAGCCGCCAGCACGAAUCGGAAAAAUCAGUUUCCGGCGUUGGUAACCAGAGACUCGGUGCUAAAGUACACCCUGGCGCACCAGCAGCUGGAGGCGGUCGUUCAGGUAGAAUAUUCUGUUGGAUUUUACGAUGGGUUUAUUCAGGUGACGGCACGUGUCGACAAUCUCCGCUUUCACGUGGUGAAUCUCGGAUUUAACAAAGACGACGACGUGGACUACGCGGAGGAGAAGUAUUUCCCAUCGAGGAUUCGGGUCUGGGUCGGGCCGGAAGUCGGGGCGAACUACGUGAACGGGUUGAGCCUGGGCCGGUCCACGGACAACGUGGAGAAAGAAGUGAAAACGCAGAGAGUGAUGAAGGGCGGUUUCGAAAAAUCAAAGGUUCCAAAUAUGAAGGCCACGGCGAGGAUGUCGACGAGGAUGAGGAAGAGGAACUGGAGGUGGGACCAGGACGCGGAGGGAAACGCGGCGGUUUUCGACGCCGUGCUGUGUGACAACACGACGGGGCAUGAAGUGGCCACGUGGAAGCCGGAUACUGAUGGCGGGAACGGCGAGGGUUUGAGAAGGCGAUACGAGGGGGCGAACAGGCCAUUUACCAAAACGGGGAGUUUGGUGCUGAGCGGGGACGAGUACGGCGACGGAGUUGGGUGGAGGUUGAACAGGGAGAUGGAAGGGAGUGUGUUGAAGUGGAGAAUUGGCGGGAAAGUGUGGUUGAGUUACUUGGCGAACGAGGUGAAGGGUUCGUAUUUUGAGACGAGGUGUGUGGAGUGGUGUGAUGAGGUUGAUUUGCCUUUGAUUCUUGGUAAAUUAAGUGUGUAAUUAAUUAUGAUAGAGGAUACAAAAAUGUUAUUCUUACUAUCUAAUUGUACCAUCAUUUGUAUCACAUCUCUAAUAGUGAUGGGAUCCACAUGCGUUGGCGGACCAUAUCUUUAUUAAAGAGAUAGUACAAAUAAUGAUACAAUUAGGUGUUAAGUGUAGCAUUACUCUAAAGAUUAUAGUUUUUUAUUUUUCGCAACAUUUAUAGUAGUUACACAAGUUAAUGUGUUGUAAAUACGAAUAAAUUAGUUCUAUAAAGAAACUAAGGUAGUCCUUUUAUUGCUC